CUUGCGUCGUAGAAACACCAGAAAAGGAGAAGACACCGAUGACGAAAAUGCAUGGAAGACAGACUGGACCCUGUUCCAGUCCAGCGGCCCACCUGUUUGUGGUCUCGCAGAUGUGUUUAGCUUCUUAAGUGAGAACUUCGGAGUCUGUGUUGUUGAUCCUGCCACAAAGUAUGGCGGGCUCGUGGACCACCCACAAGCGUCAAAGAAGUACCCCUUAGCGACCUAUGUAGCCACAGACUGCAGGAGGCGUCUGUAUAAGUUCCUAGGACAGCAAGAAGCAGACUUCACUUACGACUUCGCUUUUUCAACGAUCC